AUAAAAAUUUCAGAUCCAAAAAAAAAAAUUACUCUCUCUUCUCUCUGUCAAUGGCUUCUUUGCUAAAAUCCCAAUUUCCAAAACCCUAAUUUUUCCCCCAAUUUUACUUCUCUUCAACUUUUUUUUAAUUUUCCUUUUCUUUUUUCUUGAAUUUUUCUCUUUCACUAUUUCAAAUCACAAAAAAAAAAAAAAAAAAAUGGGUUUCAAUUUUUCAUUUCUGUUUCUAAAAACCCUAAUUCCCAAAUUCACAACCCUAAUUUGAUUCGGUUUUUUCGGGUUUGUGUUUAGAUCCUUCAACUUUUUUUUUUUUGAGGAUAAAAAAAAGUUGGUUUCUUUACGGUGUUCGAUUUGCCUAAAAAUUGAAAAUUUUGGGUUUCCAAUUUUACUUUCUUUCUGUUUUUGGAAACCCUAGUUCUCAAUUACUUUCUUUCUUUUUUUUUCCCAAUUGAUCCUUCAAUUUUUCUUUUGUAAUUAAAUUUUCUCUUUCAGUAUUUUGGGGGAAAAUUUGGGUUUUAAUCGAGCUAGGGUUUCCAAUUUUUUCUGUUUUUAGAAACCCUAGUUCCUAAUUUGGUUGGGUUCGGGUUUCGGGUUUUGUUUGGGGUUAGGGUUUUUUCAUUUCCUUGAUUAAGGUGUGAAUUCUUGAUUACAUGUAUGGCUUCAGAUAUUAACAAUUUGAAUUCUAAGGAGAAGCUUCGUUGGGGUAAAGUUUAUACCCGAAGAACCCGUAAAAUUCAAAAGAAGGAUGGUAACGACGACGUUUCGAAUCCGAUUUCACAAACCCUAGGGGCAGAAAAGGCGGUACAACCCGAAGAGCGAAGGGUACAACACCAGCAGGAUGAGGCAGCACCUCAAAAACAGGAUCUUUUGACCUCGGGAAAUGUGCCCGGUGGCGAGGGGUAUACCGGAGAGGUGGUCCCGGAAGGCGGUAGCGGGACGCGGCCUAAUAGUGGAGGAGGAUCACCUAGAGGUAAUGCUGAGGUGGCUAAUAAUAGGUUUGUUAGACCUGUUAUUUCUAGAGUUGAUGAAGAUAGGGUUAGGAUUAGUUUAACUGGGACGAGGCCCGGAGAUGAGAUUAGAAAUUUUAGAAGGACGCUUGAGAUCGAGCUCCAUCACGUUAGGAGUUUCGUGAAGAAGCUCGAAGCGAAGGAGCUUGAGCUGACGUCGCUUAAUAGUGGUGAUAAUGAUGGUGUCAUUAUGUCUCGUAGGUAUCCGCAAUAUAUAGAUAGCGACAACGUGAUUAAUAGUAGGUCUUUAACGCGAGGGAAUUCAGAGAUAGGCUCAGUAUUCCGACCACCUAGUCUUGCAAUUAGCGACAAUGUGAUUAAUAGUAGGUCUUUAAUGCGAGUGAAUUCAGAGAUAGGCUCAGUGGGGAUGCAUAUUCAACCAAGACCAUUCCGUCCACCUAGUCUUGCAGGUAGCGACAAUGUGAUUAGUAGCAGGUCUUUAAUGCGAGUGAAUUCAGAGGUAGGCUCAGGAGGGCCGCAUAUUCAACCAAGACCAUUCUGUCCACCUAGUCUUGCAGUUAGCGACAAUGUGAUGAAUAGUAGGUUGUUAAUGCGAGUGAAUUCGGACGUAGGCUCAGUGGGGCGGCAUAUUCAAAUUCAACCAAGACAGUUUCGUCCACCGGGUCUUUCAGUUGUUGUGAACAACCAUGCGGUUGGUGACUUUGUGGAGAGGGAGAAAAGGACACCAAAGGCAAAUCCGUAUUACAAGAACUCCGAGUUCCUUCUUGGGAAAGACAGAUUACCUUCUGAAAGCAAUAAAAAAUUGAAGACCCACGGAAGUGGGAAGAAGCACGUUGAGAAGUAUAGAAAACAAUUGUUUAGAAGUUGUGGUGACUUGCUUCAAAGGUUAAUGAAACAUAAGCAUGGUUGGGUGUUUAAUGAGCCGGUAAAUGUUAAAGCUCUUGGUCUGCAUGAUUAUCAUGAUAUCAUUAAGCAUCCUAUGGAUUUGGGCACUAUUAAGACUAGGCUAUCUCAGAAUUGGUACAAGUCUCUGGAGGAAUUCGCGGAGGAUAUAAGACUUGUUUUUAGCAAUGCCAUGACUUAUAACCCUAAAGGGCAAGAUGUUCAUGUAAUGGCUGAGGAGUUAUCACAGAUUUUCGAAGAGAGGUGGGCUGUUAUAGAGGCCAAGUAUAAUCCGGGGCCCACUUCUAGAAAGUUCCAUCAUCAUCUUCCCUUUGUCCAUGAGCCUUAUCAUGCACUUACUCAUGCUUCUCAAGCAAGGACUUUAGAAAGGUCUGAGUCAACUAAGAAACCCUCAAAAUAUUCACAUGUUGGUAGGCCACCAAAAUAUUCACGUGUUGGUAGGCCACCAGUUCCGAAGAAACCUAAAGCAAAGGAUCCGAAUAAGAGGGAGAUGACGUUUGAAGAAAAGCAGAAACUUAGUGCGAAUCUUGAGAAUUUACCUCCAGAAAAGCUUGAGGCAAUUGUUCAGAUCAUUAAGAAGAGGAGCUCAGCAGUUAAUCAGAUUAACGAGGAGAUUGAAGUAGACAUAGACAGUGUUGAUGUAGAAACUCUGUGGGAGCUGGAUAGGUUUGCGACAAAUUACAAAAAGAGUUUGAGCAAGUACAAGAGGAAAGCUGAACUUGAUCUUCAAGCCACAGCAAGUGCUACUCGGAGUGCCCCCAUUACAAGUUCUGGCCCAAUGGUUGCUGAUGGACUGAAAGAAAGUAGAACUGGUGAAAUGCAUACUAGUGAUCCUUCUACCAAUGUAGAAGGUGGGAGGCAGGCGGAUAAUGCAAGCAGUUCCAGCAGCUCAACCAGUUCUACUAGUGAUUCAGGAUCUUCCUCUAGUGAUUCUGAUAGCGACAGUUCCUCUACAAAUGGAUCUGAUGCAGGGCAUUGACCUUGGAUGUGAAAGGGAAAUCUUUUUCAGACAUGAGGCGUGGUUCUUUGAAUGAUACUGGAGGGCAUAAACAGAUCUUUCAUUUGUACCAUCAUUUAAUUAGUUGAUCUAUACAUAUACAAGGUGGUUGCUGUUUUGGAACUGAAAUUCUAAAUCAGAUUGGUUACGGUGGUAAUGGGAGAAAUGUAGCACCUGUAAAUAGCCUAGAUUUGCUCGACUAGUUUGCGCGAGAAAAAAUGUUGUGCUAUUCAUUUCAUUACAGGCAUGGUUAUGUGAGGUCCUGCAACUUCCUGGGUGUACAAAGAACAAGUGCAGCUUAUGAUAGGAUAACAUGUAUUGUAUAGUGUAAACCAUAAAGUGAAAAUAACCGUAGACAGUGUACAUAUGUACCCUUUUUUUGUUCUGUUUUUGUGCAUCAUUCUUGGUAGAUAGUUUGUAUGUCACAUUUACUUUUGAGUAGGUAGAUCAGGGUUGAUGAGAUUUUGGGUUUUCAUAAAAUAAUUACUUUUCUAGGUGUUA